AAUUGCAAACUACAUCGGACUCCAAUGGAGAAGCUUUUUAGGCAGUAUGACAAGGAGUCCAUGAGGAUGGCAAUGUUAAAACAUGAAGAAACAUUCAAAGAACAAGUGUACGAACUCCAUCGUCUGUAUCGAAUCCAGAAGGCACUGAUGAAAAGCAUCGAAAAGAGCAGGCCUAACGGAAAAAGACAACUCGAUUUGGAACAUCUGGCCAACAAUCAUCACGGUAAUGAAAUGCUAGAAGUCAUCGACGAAAGCAACAUCGAACUAACGUUAGGGCCACCGGCAAAGAAACAACAUGAGAUAUCGACUCCCCCUCGAACGUCGGAUUCCGGACUGACCUUCUCCUCGCCCUCCAUUGAACCAUGUCACAUGACAACGGGGUAUCGACACGGAAGUGAAAGCAAUGCUGAUCUUGGAGAACAAUUGAGAAAAGAGAGACUGGGACAGGCUCCUUGGAUUUUCCAAGUUCUAACUAUGAAUAUGAUUUAGGUUGCUUCUUAUCGACCAUUUUUUCUUUUGGUGUGUAUGUUGAAGUUUAUGGUUAGGUUUCUUUUAGCAAAA